AGACAUGGUCAAUAGCAAAAAAUGAUGGAGGCUAGCAAUCGAGGAAGAGGUAAAAAUAAAAGGUAUUGGACGUAUGAAGAAGAUGCGGUUCUAAUAAGAUAUUUGCAUGAGUUGAGUUGCGAUCCGAAGUGGAAGUGUGAUAAUGGGUUUAAGAAUGGUUACAUGAAUAAGUUGGAAGAGAUGAUCAAUGGUGUACUUCCUAAUUGUGGCUUGAGAGCAGUUCCCCACAUUGAGUCGAGGAUCAAGCAUUGGUCGGAGAAAUAUAGUGCAUUUGCAGAAAUGCUAUCCACCUCGGGAUUUGGAUGGGAUGCUGAGAAGAAAUUGUUGCAAGUAGACAAGGUCGUGUACGAUGAAUGGGUGAAGACUCAUAAGAAAGCUAAAGGGUUGUUUGGAGUUCCAUUCAUUCACUAUGAAACUCUUGCGGAGAUAUACGCAAAAGACAAAGCUACCGGAGAUGCAAGUGAGUCGUUUGUUGAUGCUAUAGAAGAAAUGGGUCAAGUGAUUGAUAAGCAACCAUUCAAUGUCGAGAGUGAUGAAGAAGAUGAUGUGAAUUCUACUCAUUCGGACACUUAUUCUUCUACAAGUCAAUCCGGAAAACGCCCCAUGAAGAUAGAUGAUGAUCAUAUAACUCCUUCAAAAAUGGCAAAAGUGAAGGCUUCUACAAUUCAUUCUUCCGCAAGUGAUUCUACUACUCAAUCCGGAAAACCCUCUAUAAAGGCGAAGGAGACUAAGGUGAAAGGAAAGAACAAGGUAAAUUUGAAGAGUUUGUGUAGGAAUGAUGAUGAUGAUUUGGUGGCCUCCCUCCAUGAUUGUUCCAACAAUUUUGGGAAGAUAUUUGAAAAUAUCAAUGUUAAUCUCGGGACUAUGGCUAGUGCAUGGUCUAAAGCGGAAGAAAGGGAGCAAAGAAUGGAUGAAAAGGUGAACAAGGUAUUGGACGAGGUGAUGAAGUUAGAUGGCAUUUCUCCAUCCGAAGCUUUAAAGGUUGCUACUAUUCUCAUGGCGGAAGAAUAUAAGCUUCGCAUCUUCUAUCAAGCACCAUUUAAUAUGAAAAAACAAUAUGCAAUUGAUCUUCUUAAGAAGAAGUAG